CACUCGCUCCGGGCUACGCUCACUAGCUUCCAGCGCACACUUGUCACCUUCCUCCCCGCAACGCAUCCAGCUACCCCGUCUCACUCCCGACCCAUCCCACCAGCACCAGGACAGACACGGACAGGACGAUGGAGUCACCCAUGGCGGCCCGGAGGCUCCUGCAGGAGGCGGCGGGCCUGUCCACGCCGGGCGCCCGGAUCAUCGCCGACGACAGGGACAUCGUCAUCAUCCUCGCCUCGCUGCUCUGCGCGCUCAUCACCGUCCUCGGCAUCGGCCUCGUCGCCCGCUGGUGCGCGUGCGGCGGCGCGGAAGCCAGGGCGCGCGCCGCCGCCAACCGGGGCGUCAAGAAGUCGGUGCUCCGCGCCAUCCCCACCGUCGCCUACGUCUCCGCCGACGCCGGCAAGGGCAAGGGCAAGGAGGCAGAGGAGGCCGCCGCGGCGCCGGAGUGCGCCAUCUGCCUCGCCGAGUUCGAGGACGGCGAGGCCAUGCGCGUGCUGCCCCAGUGCGGCCACGCCUUCCACGCCGCCUGCGUCGACAAGUGGCUGCGCGGCCACUCUUCCUGCCCCUCCUGCCGCCGGAUCCUCGCCGUCCAGCUGCCGGCUGCCCAGCGGUGCCAGCGCUGCGGCGCGCGCCCCGACCCAGCCGUGGCGACCUGGAAGCCUCCGGCCCAGUACGGCGAGAUGCCGCCCUUCUUGCCGUAGCGGCCCGCGCGCGCGCUCGAUCUCCACAGAUCUGGGCGAGAGCUAGAAGACGACUAGUAGCAGAGGAACCAGUCAACCAAUCGAUGAGCCUUCUGUUUGGUCAAAUAUCUCGGCUGCUUCUCUUAAUUACCUUCCUUUGUUUAUCUCAUCAUCAGUAGCAGUUCUUCUUACCGCCGAGCUGGAAAUGCAUAGCAUUUCUGAAUUUAGGACCCUGGUAUGCAGGUGGGUGGUGAUCAAGGUGUUGCCACUACAUCUUAGCAGCUUUGUACAUUUGUAAAAUAGUAACUAUAAUUACUCCUAAGGAGUAAUCGGCAUCAUCGAUUAGGCUUAUUUGAAACUGUGAAUACCUUUGCUUUCCAUGAAUCCAUUUGGCCAAUUCUGAAAAGAAA